AAGCCUUUCUUCAGUGUCAGCCAGCUGUCUGCUCGGUGAAAUAAACAUGACGAUGUUGUCAAGUGUCAUGUUCCCAGUGCUGCAGGACUAAAAGUUCAGCACUGACUGGAAUAAGGGAAGCUGGAUAUUGUGUUUAAUUAAAUCUGUGACAAACUGUUGUUGGACUGACACCAUUUUAACAAGCUGAGAGGUGGACUGUAACCAUUGCAAUGCCUCUGCUGUUUUUGGAGAGGUUUCCUUGGCCCAGCCUGCAGACCUACACAGCACUGAGUGUGGCUUUGCUUGCUGGUAGCAUCUUCAGUGCCUACACCACAGUAACUGACCCGGGGUUUGGGGCCUUGGAAACAGAUGAAGCACAGCCUCCCCCUGAGGUGGAUCGUGAACAUCUAAAGAAUGAUAUUAGUAGCACAGAACUGGCAACAACUGUCCUGUGGUAUCUUGUCACAGACAGUCUCUUUGUAUGGGUGUUGGUGAACACAUUCUGCUGCUCUUUGAUGUUAAUUGCUAAAAUGAUUCAGUAUGUGGUAUUUGGCCCCCUCAGAGUCAGUGAGAAGCAGCACCUGAAAGAUAAAUUCUGGAACUUCAUUUUCUACAAGUUCAUUUUCAUUUUUGGAGUACUGAACGUUCAGACUGUGGAGGAGGUGGUUAUGUGGUGUUUGUGGUUUUCUGCUCUCGUCUUUCUCCACCUCAUGGUGCAGCUCUGCAAGGACCGCUUUGAAUAUCUGUCUUUCUCACCAUCCACUCCUAUGAACAGCCAUGUGCGAGUGCUUUGUCUGCUGGUCUCCCUGCUUCUGGACUGCUGUGGCCUGGCUGUGGUCUGUGGCCUCCUGGGAGCCUCUCAUGGCAUGCACACCCUCUCCUUCAUGGCAGCAGAGUGUCUGCUGGUGACUGUACGCACUGGGCAUGUCAUCAUGCGAUACUCUAUUCAUCUCUGGGAUUUGAAUCAUCCAGGAACUUGGGAGAGUAAGGGGACAUAUGUCUACUACACAGACUUCAUAAUGGAGCUGGCUAUGCUGUUUCUAGACCUCAUGCACCAUAUCCAUAUGCUGCUGUUUGGUAACAUCUGGCUGUCCAUGGCAAGCUUGGUUAUCUUCAUGCAGCUGCGGUAUCUCUUCCAUGAGGUCCAGCGCCGUGUCCGCCGACACAAGAACUACCUGCGUGUCAUUAAUAACAUGGAGACCAGAUUUGCUGUUGCUACCGCCGAGGAGCUGGCAGCCAAUAAUGAUGAUUGUGCCAUCUGCUGGGAUGCCAUGCUGACAGCACGCAAACUACCCUGCGGUCACCUCUUCCACAACUCUUGUUUGCGCUCAUGGCUCGAGCAGGACACAUCAUGUCCCACGUGUCGAAAAUCCCUGAACAUUAAUGGGGAUGGGGGCCAAGCAAGAAGCCAGCAGCAGGGUGGGGGUUUGGAGGACAACAUUGGCCCAGUUGGCGCUGCCCCAGAUGCUAGACCACAUAUCAACCAACACAAUCACUUCUUCCACUUUGACGGAUCUCGCAUUGCCAGUUGGCUUCCCAGUUUCUCAGUAGAAGUAAUGCACACUACUAAUAUCUUGGGUAUUGCUCAGGCCAACAACUCCCAGCUCAUGGCCAUGGCCCAUCAGAUUCAAGAGAUGUUCCCUCAGGUGCCCUCCUACCUGGUACUACAAGACCUACAGUUGACCCGUUCUGUGGAAGUCACUACUGACAACAUCCUGGAGGGACGCAUCCAGGUCCCUUUCCCUACACAGGCCAUUGAGCGUGCCCCUAUACAGGUGAAUCCUGGAACAGAUGAGCAGCCAGGGCCCAGUGGAGCAGCUGAGCAGGGCCUCAGUGAAUCUGACAACAUGGAGGUUAGAGGAGGCCGCUUCUCUAAGUCUGCAGAGGAGCGUCAGAAGAUGUUAAAGCAGAGGAAAGAAGAGCUGCUUCAGCAAGCACGCAGGAGAUAUCUGAACAAAAAUUCAGAUGAUCAGGAUGAGGAUUUGCCUGGACUGGAGGAAGAUGUUGUCCCAGAAUUGGACUCAACUGUGCUAAGACGUAUAACCAUGGCAGCAGCUGCUGAGAGACGUAUGCAAAACCUACAAGAUCCCGCACCCUGAUUCACAAACUGGCUUUAGCAGAAGAGGCACUCUAAGAGGCACUGAGAGAGCUAUUUCAACCUUUCCCCAUUUGGUGUAGUCAAUGGUCAUCACCUAUUUAAAAAACAAAAAAACAAAACAAAAAACACAAACAAACCAAACCAAAAAAAACAACAUAAUUAAGAAACAUUGAUAACAUGGCCAUGGCGCUGUUUUGGGGCUGCCUAAGAAGGUGAGACUAUUGUAAAUAGCCUCUGCAUCACUGAUUCCAGCCUAAGUAUUUGGAAUAUGAUAUAAAUUUAUUGGUGCAAGUCAUAAAACGCAAGGUUGCACGUGCCACACAUUGCAACCACCAGCUUCAGUAGACAGCCACCAGCUGUCAUGAUUUGGACUGGCUGUCCAAAAAUGAGCAUGCUUUACAUUCAGAAGACUAUUACAAGAAGAUGUUUAUGAGAAGGGUUUGAACGUGUCAUUGCUAGAUAAAACUACUGUAUGGGUCUUAGUUUCCCUUUUAUCACAUUAUACCCAUGACAGAAAAUUCUGUAUUCUGGAUGGAGGAACUCAUCUGAUGUGUCUGUGUGUUAUUUUAUGAGUUUCAACUGUGAAUUAAGUGUAGGCAAAAUAACACAUUUUUUUUUAUUUCUUACCUUGGUGUAAGAGAAUGUCACUUUAGUAUUGUUCAGCCUUUCUGUCAAAUAUGAAUGUUUCAGAAAAAAUGCUGCAAACAGUGUUUUUUUUUAAACCCACAUGGGUUGUUCUGUAUUUAGUGUGUAAUAUCACCCAUUGCGGACUGUUUUCAUUUUUUAUUUAACAAAAUGGGGAAGUGCUCCUCUAAAUCUUUUUCCAAAACUGGUCCUUUAACAUGCAUACGUGGCAGCAAAGAGGGAUGUAUUACAUUUUGUUCAAUGGGUGUUAUGUGCAGUGUCUUUCCUAAAGGAACCUCUACUGAUGAGUGGUAAAAAUAUUUCUAAUUCUAUUGAUUAUUGUGUCUCAGUCAUCUGUAUCCAUUGAAAUGGGAGAAGUGGUUUGACCUUCUGCAUCAAAUUUUGACUUUGCCAUUAAUUCAAGAGGCUUUCAGUUUUCUUGGUGCACUAACUUUCUUUGUUUAGAUAUUCAACAACCCAAAUGACUGAGAAUUUUUAUGAAUAAAAUUUAUUGGAUUUA